UUCGACGCUGGAGUUUGAUAUGGAGCGCAAUUUGACACUCAUUAGUUCAUUUUAGCUGGCCAGAAAUGUAAAUGCUGUUUCUUGAAGAUUGAAUGCUGUGCAGAAAACCCAGAAGAUUUUUUACAAACUAAUGAACCGAGGUCACUUGUCAAUUUGGCUAGCUGUACUUGAUAUUUUGCUCAGGCUUGGUUUUAAUUCUUGAAUAUGACCAAUCCACGCGAACUAGUUGAUGAAUAUGUAUUGUGUCCCAUGCAACGCAUAAGAAAUGACCGCCAAAAUAACAGCCUCUCUAAAUUGCGCUUAAUUGUGAUUACCAUGUAUUUGCAGUGGACUGAGAAGCUCGAGCAUGACGCCACCAUGAAUGACAGCGUGUCCAACUGUACUGCCAGUAUCGCACAGGCGAGGAAGACUGUGGAGCAACUCAAAAUGGAAACCUUUGUUGAAAGGAUAAAGGUGUCUAAAGCGGCGGCCGAUCUGAUAGCAUACUGCCAGGCUCAUAUAGAAGAUGAUCCUCUCAUCCUGCCUCUGCCCAUCUCUGAAAAUCCCUUCUGCCAGAAAAGGCUCUUCUGCACCAUCCUUUGAGGGCUGUGGCCCCCCUUCACUGCUGGAACCCAUGACACCUGACUCCCACAUUGUAGGGGUGGGGCCAUGACCCUGGCAUCCCGACCAGCCUGAAGCAUUAUGGGUAACACACCCAAGUUAUGAACAGGUGGUGCACAUGCCAUUUUGGUCCAUUAUGGUUUUGUAUUUUAUUUAGCCUUCGGUAUUGAGGAAUAAAGUUGUUCUCUUGUUUGA